UAAAGUUAAAGUCUUUCAAUCAAGUCGAGUAAUAUUCUGUUCACUGCUCGUUAUUAGUAAUCUUUACAUUGACUAGUCGUAAAGAUGAUUAUGUGUUUUAGUCUCAAGUGUUUCAAACAAUAAUAGAUUUCUUUCAUUUCAUUCAAGAGAAUUAUUACAAGUUUAAUUUUAUUUAUUGCACCUAUUCAAUAUUUCCCGCCAAAAUGUUUAAAAAUAUUUUAUUUUGUCUUGAAUUUUGUAUUGCUUUAGCAAGUGGAAUGUAUGUAGUUGAUCCUGGACCAAGAUAUCCUCCAACAAAAGGUGAAGUGUGGCCAAAACCACAAUACGAAAACAAGGAAAAAUUUUAUAUGACUUUCAAUCCUGCAAAUUUUGAAAUAAAUACGACCGCACUAUCGUGUAAUAUUUUAACAAACGCAGUUGAAAGGUAUGCGUUUAUUGUUAAGAGAAAACUUAAUACAAAGUCCCACCAAAGGUUGCUUAAGAGGAGACGCAAACACACAUUUACUGUAAUACAGGAUACUAAUAAGGAAAUGUAUAAUAUCGGAGACCUAACAAAAUUGGAGAUUGAACUUCUGGCGCCAUGUCAAGACUAUCCUUACUUAGGGAUGGAUGAGAGUUAUGAACUGAUUAUAUCAGAAAGGUCAAAAUUGUCUAGUAUGUCUGUAUGGGGAAUUUUGAGAGGUUUGGAAACCUGGACACAGUUAUUUUACUUUACAGACGAUUACAAUGAAAUACGCAUAAAUAAAACACAUAUCUCGGACUUCCCUCGAUAUCAACAUCGCGGCUUAUUGCUUGACACUUCCAGGCACUAUAUCUCCUUGUCUAAUAUAUUAAGGACAUUAGAUGCUAUGGCGAUGAAUAAAAUGAAUGUUUUUCAUUGGCACAUCGUUGACGACCAGAGUUUUCCGUAUCAGAGCGAAAUAUUCCCCAAUUUAAGUGAGAAAGGAGCAUUCCAUCCAUCUAUGAUAUACACAAAAGCUGACAUCGGACUAGUUGUGAAUUACGCGAGGGAUAGAGGCAUCAGAGUAAUGCCAGAAUUCGAUGUCCCCGGUCAUACCCGGUCAUGGGGUAAUGCAUAUCCUGACACUCUCACAGAGUGCUAUUUGAACGGUCAAUUAAUAGGAUUAGGUCCAAUGAACCCUAUCAAUAAUGGUACUUACAAACUUCUUGAAGAACUCAUAAAGGAAGUGCAGCAAUGGUUUCCGGAUAAAUACUUCCAUGUUGGUGGAGAUGAAGUGGAAUUAGAAUGCUGGCGAUCGAAUCCAGACCUUCAGAAGUACAUGAAAGAACACAACCUGACAGCUGCUCAACUCCAUGCUCUGUUCAUGGAAAACGUAUUACCACUGCUUGGGAGUUCCAAGGCGGUAGUUUGGCAGGAGGUAUUUGAUGAAGGUGUACCACUCGCCGAAGACACAAUUGUGCAAGUAUGGAAAUACGAUUGGGUCAAUGAGAUGAUAAGAAUUUUGAAGACUGGCCGAAAAUUAAUUUUCUCAUCUUCCUGGUACCUUGACCACUUGAAAACUGGAGGGGACUGGAUCGAUUACUACCUCGCAGACCCUAGAGAAAUGGUCAUUGAUAAAAUUGGCAAUGAUACAUCGUCCUUGGACAAAAUAAUUGGAGGUGAAGCUUGCAUGUGGGGCGAAGUGGUAGAUGACACCAAUGUUAUAAGCAGAGUUUGGCCCCGUGCCAGUGCUACAGCGGAACGUCUAUGGAGUUCCCCAACAGAUUCUUUACGAACGUACAGCCGUUCGACGCCAAACGCUAGAAGUUACGAUCCCUUGGAUGGAGUGAGACAACGUUUGGAAGAACAUACGUGUCGUAUGAGAAGACGCGGAAUACGCGCUCAACCACCCAGUGGACCUGGAUUCUGCGUUGGAGCUAUUUAAUUGUAUAAAGAUUAAGACAUAAAAAUCCCAUUGUUGACUUCCUCUUUUUUUAAUAAUAAGUUACAUCAUAUUUGCAACCUGUUGCGUGUCUACUGUUUUUGCUGAUGAACUUUUCACUUCGAAUCGAAAACAAAGACAACUUCGAAUGAAUUACAAGUCCGGUUACCUUCCAUCCGG